CUUGGUGAUACACAGUUCCCAUCCUUUCUUCUCCUUUUCUUUCUGAUUCUUCAUUUCCCACCUCUGCUUUUGGUGGAUGUUAACCUGUGACUGGAAUUCAUGGCGGACGGUUUUCACUUCCUUUUUUAAGAGACGGUAUCGUUGCUAUCGUUGCUUUCUGAGGUGUUUCGGGAAAGUCUUAUAGCUGAUGUAUUAACGAUUGCGAUCUUCAUUGUUGUUUGGCUUGUUGCCAAUUGAAUUUUCAUGUCAUCAUAGAAAGUUUCACGAACUGAUUGAUAUCUUAAGCGUUUAUCUCACAAGUUCUACCAACAUAGAUCUUGAUAGAUUUCAUUUUUUUCUUUUUCUUUUUUUGAGUUUUCGGAGGUGAUGGUCAACCUAUCUGAUUUCUUAAGUUGUAUCAGACAUGUCUAAAAGCAUAAGCGAUUGAGUCUUAGGAUUCCAAGUUUAGGUUUGUUUCCAAACACGAAAAGUCUUGAGGAUCGAAUCCUCGUUUUUGGGGGUAAUCCAAUGCCACCAAACUAGGCUCUAAGAGCCAUAGGUCGAUGCUGAAUUGAAUUUGUUUUGCUUGAUCAGUGUUUGCUUCUUUUAAAAAUAGGGAAAAUUACAAAAAAAAAAAUCAUCUACAACUCUACUUUCCAUGUCAAAUACUCUCCUCGUAUUUCAAAUUUCACAAUUAUCAUCAUCACUCUUUUCAAUAAAUUUCAAGUUGCAUCUUGCACCGAUAGAUAGUUUACCAUAAUGCCAAUUCAUUUUCCAAUUACUACCACCCCGCAAAGACCCAAAUCCACUGACACUCUCUACCCUCCCACACAGAGAGGGAUGCUCUGUCCAAUUCAUCUUUGGAGGCCAUCGCUGCCUUCAAAUUUGAGCCGGCAACGGUUGCCGCGGAAGCUCAAGGCCAGAUCGAGGUUGCAUGCGGCCAUGGCCGAGCUCUGCUUAAUACUUGCUUAGCUGGCGAGCUUGUUAUAGAGGCGCUCAGCCAUUGCGAGCUCAAGGUCAAUCUUAAUGGCCUCCGACCGCAGGCCUCGAGCUCAAGCCGAGCUCAACUAGGUUAAAAAAUUAACAUUUUGAAAUGCUGAGGAGGGUAUAAUUUAUUUUUUUUUUGGUCGAAAGGAGGGUAUUAGUUAUGGAGGGCAAAGUUGAGCAUAAAUUCUUUAAUUGUUCAUUCUGAAAAUGUUAAUGUAAAAGCUUGUGGUUUGAAAUAUGUAUUUUGUAUCUUAACAAUUUUCCUCAUGCAAAAGUUGGUUGAGUUUUGACCCAAAAAAAAUUGGUUGAGAAAAGCCCAACAUGGCCUGAUUAGUGGAUGAAAAUGGCGUAAGCCCUUCAACACUUAUCCUUUAAUCAUGGGCCCAAACUAGAGUUUUAAAUCUGAUUUGGCCUUUUCAACUUAUAACCACGCAUUGCCCAUAACGUAGCAAUUGUCGUGCGUGCCCAUCUCCAAUGUCCAUAACGUGGCUUUUACAUGUGUAAAUUACAUUAUAGAUGUUAAACCGCAGUGACAAUUCAGCACUUCGAAAAAUCAUCGAGCAAUAUAUAACAAAGAUUUAAAGAGUGGCAGCAACCUUUCUUCUUCAGAUUGUCUUCUUUCACAUAAAACAAAAGUAACAGUUGAUCUAGGAUAAGACUAAAUCCAAGAGUUACCAAAACAUGUUCCAGGACACGACAAUGCCGUCCUUGGUGGGUGUUGCUGUCGUCUCAUCGUCAACUCCUAUGCCUCGUUCGGACCGCUCCUUGUCUUUCCUAGCAAACACGUCCAUAUAAGGUGUGGGUGUUUUCCUAAGCGCUUCCUUGAUAUGAUCAAAAUCUCAGUUUUCUGAUUAACCCCCAUAUCCACAACGAAUAAACCUCCACACCCUUUGUUCUCCCGAGGAAUCCUUUUAGAUUAACGAUGGCGGACUGGGCUCCGGUUUUCGUCGGGGUGUUCCUGUUCGUGAUCCUGUCGCCGGGUCUGUUGUUUCAGCUGCCGGGGAAGGGCCGGGUGAUCGAGUUCAACAACAUGCAGACGAGCGGGGUGUCCAUCCUUGUUCACACCAUCAUCUUCUUCGGCCUCAUCACCAUCAUCCUCAUCGCUAUAGGACUCGAGAUCAACUUUGGGUGACAUGAUGCGGGAUCACGAUUUUUCGUCGGUUGAAUCGGUACAGUUGCUAUACUUAUUUGUUGUUGAUGUCCUUGAGACUAGCAUUUGGACAUUUUUCUGGCAAAUGCUUUUUUGCAUGGCUAUAUGUGGAAGGGCAAAAAUCGAUUUAUUUAUUGGUUGCCAGACAAAAAUAUAUAUAAUGAACAUCAAGUGGUGGUAAUCGUGCAUCAUGAAUUUUCCUGAUGCUUAUUUGUAUUUUCAUAGUUUUUUCCUUUUUGAAAGUAUACUGUCAUAAUUAGGUCUGAUUCUCAUA